AUGCCGGUGUUACUGACGGUCGCCGCGGACACCGAGCCGGAGCUGCCGCCGUUUCUGACGGUGCUGGAGCCGCCGCACCAUCCGGGCCGCCGCUCGCACUACCACAUGUCGCGCCACGACUCGAACGCACGCGUGCAGACGCUGGCGCGCGAGGCGCUUGUCUGGGUGGAGGCGGCGCGAGCGGUCAGCGCCGGGGUCACCGAUAGCACCGACGCGGAGAAUGCGGCGCUCACGCUCUGUUUCGUCCACUGGGGCCAGUUCAUGGACCACGACAUAACGUUUUCGCCGGUGCAGCUCGCCGCGCCAGGCGUCAGGAUCCGCUGCUGCGCCGAUGGCGUCGUCGCUGACGACGCGCACCCACGCUGCCUGCCGAUCGCCGUGCCAGAAGACGACCCGUUCUACGGGCCGUUGGGCCAGCGCUGCAUGGAGUUCACGCGCUCGGUGCCGGCCAUGCCGACCGACUGCUCUCCCGGCCCAGCCAUCACCGUGAACUUGCUCACCGCCUUCAUCGACGGCAGCGGCGUGUACGGGCCUCACGAGUCGCGCGCGGCGCAGGUGCGCGCCGGGGAGGGUGGCCGUCUACUGAUGCAGGAAGGCGCACUGCUGCCGCGCGACCCUCCCGGCGUCCAGAUCGACACGGAGCUGCCCUGCCUCAGCCCCGACCCGGAGGGACGGCCCUGCUUCCUGGCCGGCGACGUGCGCGCCACGGAGCAGAGCGGCCUCGCCACGGUGCACACUAUCUGGAUGCGUGAGCACAACCGACUAGCACGCCGCCUGGAGCGCGUCAACCCCGAAUGGGACGACGAGCAGCUCUUCCAGGAGGCGCGCCGCAUCCUCGGCGCCGAGAUCCAGCACAUCACGUACAACGAGUGGCUGCCGCUGCUGGUAGGCGAGGCAUUCAUGCGGCGCAUGCGUAUGGGCACGCAGAGACGGGGCUUUUCACGCCGCUACUCGAAUCGUGUCAACCCCAGCAUCGCCACCGAGUUUUCGACGGCCGCGUUCCGCGUGGGCCACACACUGAUCCAGGGCCAUCUUGAGCUGUACCGGCGCGUCGCCAGCUCCUCGGUCAGCCUGCGCAUCAACCUGCGCGACGUGUUCCUCGACCCGGCGCUGCUCUACGACGGCCAGCUGGACCAGAUCGCCAUCGGCAUGAUCAAGCAACACCCACAGACGUGCGACGCCAGCAUCGCCGAGGAUCUGACUGAAUUCCUCUUCCAGCCGAAGGGCCACACCUUCGGGCUCGACCUCAUCGCUCUGAACGUGCAGAGAGGCCGCGACCUCGGCAUCGCCUCCUACAACACCAUGCGCUCGCGGUGCGGCCUGCCACGUGUCUCGAGCUUCAGGCAGCUGCAGCGACAGAUGCCGACCGAUGUCGUGCGCCGCCUCCGCAGCGUGUACGCGCACGUCGACGACAUCGACCUGUUCUUUGCACGGCUACGCUGGGGAGACAACUUCUUCUACGACCUCGGCGACCGGCCGUGGAGCUUUACGCGCGCCCAGCUGAACCAGGUGCGCAAGGUGACGUGGGCCCGCAUACUCUGCGACAACGUCAGAAGCAUCGUCAGGAUCCAGCCCAGUGCCUUCCGGUCGGCCGGCAUCGGCAAUAGCAUCACGGCGUGCGGGAGCUUGCCGAGCAUGAACCUGCGCGCUUGGAGGUGGCUGACGAUGGCCGUGCGCCACCUGCGGCUGUACAUAGCGGCCGAAUCUCCAUCUGCUGAGCUAAAACAAGUGGCUAACUUCAUCGCGGCCCACUACGUCCCAGCCUGGUUCACGGUGCGCCAGAACAGCGGCUACAAUUCCGACGCCAAGACCCUGCAUCUCAGCGUUGAGCUGUUCUGCUUGCAGUUGCCGAGCAGCUAA